CUCCAAGUAACGUCGCGUCCAAGCUGCUUUGCCGCUUCAAUUCUUCGUCCUUACAGCUGGUUAGCAUGUUUUCUACCUGCCAGUCCAUUCGCCGCUCAACCCGCAUCACAAAUCCUAGCCUUGUGCCAACACGUCAGAGAUUGAGGUCAAGAACAACAUCAGGCGGCAGCCAAGAGAGUGCAGCCGGGGAAAAGUCAUCUCCAUCAGAGUCAACAAGCUCAUUGGACAAUGAGGCUCAUUCUCUGACCGUCUUGGACGAGUCGAUAGACACAUCGGACGAGGAAUCUGAUUCAAUACCGGACUUGGAGGGCAAAGGCGUGGAAUCUGACACUGGUGAGAUUUGUGAGGUACAUAUGUACCAAGUUCGGUAUGUCUCUCGUGGUGAACGCAUUGUGCUUCAAGUUGGAUCCAGUAGUGAGCUCCAAUGGGACAAUAACCCGAGCCGUGAAGCUGCUCUUGUCGUCACAAAAUUCUACACUGUCUCAAAAAAACUGGAAAGUACUCGCCUAUCAAUCCAGUCGCCAUACAUCGAACAAGCGUUGCGAGACGUUGUUGGUAGCUACCUUGGUAUUAACUUCAAGACGAAAGGGGCUCUAAACAUAUUCGAUGAGCCGCGAUGUCUAUUCCAUUACUACGCCGACUUAGAAACAUACGCCACCGCCGCCCAGGAUGAAAACAUGCAGAAACAUGUUCGCUUCUGUCUGCGGUAUGUAGACAAGCUCCUUCGGGAAGAGAUCUCGAGCUUCAAGAAUAUGAUCGAAAACAACACGGCAUCGCCCGGCCUCGAGCAUCGUCACCUUUGGAUGGCAUUCAAGCCAGGAACUCUUUUAUAUCAAAUCUCAAUGGGACCGAAUUAG